AAUUCGAUUAAUGAAUACACCAGUGAUAAGGGACCGGAUUUGAUAUUCAUGGAGCAAACCCGUGUAGGCCACAUAGCUGGCCAAGUUUAGUCACAUGCUUGUUGUUGUUGUUCUGGUAGCCUAGAGCUUUUCUGAAUGGUCUGCACUCGAUCUAAACCUUUCUCUCAAUUCAGAGGCAUCAGAAUAAUAUUGUCCAUCUUCGGAUUUGUAAUUACAGGAUUAUUCCAAAUAUUUAGGGCGUUUGAUUCGAACGAUCGCGACGCAAAGGGGAGUCAAUCAAAUACGCAUUGCGUCCCUUAUUUACCAACAUGACGGAAGACAAACGAAGUGUCAUCGAGGAAAAUUUGCAGGGUUCCUGGGUGGAGCUGCACUUUAACAAUGGCAACAGUGGUGGCUCACCAGCACAUGGGGCUGCUGGUGUGGAGGAAGAGCAGGUGUCAGACUCUAACACUGAGCUACCAGGCUCUGCCACUGAGCUACCAGGCUCUGCCACUGAGCUACCAGGCUCUGCCACUGAGCUACCAGGCUCUGCCACUGAGCUACCAGGCUCUGCCACUGAGCUACCAGGCUCUGGGCUAGGUGCCUCUGCCUCAGUCCAUGGUGGAGACCUGAUGGCUGUGUCUACCUCUGCGUCGGUCCUGCCUGGGUCUCUCUCUGCCUCUACCCAGGGAGGUGACCUGAUUCCUGGGUCAGGGUCUGCGUCUGCCUCAGUCCAGGGAGGGGUGGACUUGGAGAAGAUGUUGUUAGACGCCCAGCACGAGUCAGGAAGAAGCAGCUCCAGGGGCAGUGUGCCCUGUGACAGUCCUCCGAGGCCCCAGACUCCUUUGCUCCGUCGGGGUUCAGAAGUGCACAGCUCAGGAGAGAAGAACAGCUCACAGUCUGAGGAAGACUAUCUAGAACGGAGACGUGAAGUGGAGAACCUGAUGAAGAAGAACGCAGACUGGAUCUGGGACUGGUCCAGUAGACCUGAGAACAUUCAACGCAAGGAGUUUGUUCUGAAGCAUCCUAAACGUACCAACCCUCUCAGCAUCAGAAACACCAGCGUCAUGAAGAACGGAGGGAUCUUCUCUGCAGAGUUCCUCAAACUUUUCCUUCCUUCUCUGCUCAUAUCCCACGUACUGGCCAUCGGCCUGGGGGUGUACAUUGGGAGACGUCUAACUACCUCAGUGACCAGUACCUUCUAAAGGGACACUCCGCUGGACUGGAACAACAUGGUUUUUGGCACCAACACCGUUAUUAUCUUCCACUGCUGCUAGGGUUGAAGUGGCGCUUAUUAGAUACAGAUAGGCAACAUCUGUCAUGUGUACCCCAACUCCACUGAAUAGAUGGCUCAAAAUGGCACCCUAUUCCCUACAUAGUGCACCUACUUUUGACCAGUUCCCAUAGGACUCUGAUCUAAAGUGGUGCACUAUAUAGAGAAUAGGGUUCCAUUUGGGACACACAUCCUUUUUGUUUUCCCCUGGCGGUGAGCAGUCCACCCUGCCUGUAUCUGUAUUGUACCCCUGUGAAUACUGUUGGCUUUUCCCUUAGUUCCCCAGCGCUGCUUUUAAAAACCACUGCUCCACUGGAAAGUAGAGCCCAGUGUCCCUCCUCCAUCUCACUGGGUAGGGGGCCAUCUUAUGAUCAACGUUUAAGAGCCAUCGUUAUCAGCUAGCUAGCUAGCGUUCACUGUCAGUCAUUUUCAAGCCAUUUUAUCUUGCUCUGAAUUGAGACAUUUUCGUAGUAGCAGACUUUUGAGAUAAUGAUAUUAGUUAAAAAGGUGAUGAUACAGAAAAGCACUGUGAAUUUCUCAGCAUUGAGAUAUGUAUGGGGAAGAAAAGGGAAUGGGUUAGACAAGGUAAGCUGGAAGUUGUAUUUGAGGGGGCUGUUGCUUGAUUGUUUUAUCAGAAUGUCCUUGGUUGGGGAAAAAGGGAUCAAGCCAUUCAACCAAAACGUUAUUUCUGACCCGGAUUCUUCUCAUGGAUCAUGAGGCCUUAAUAAUAAAACAAGGUUUCAGCCAAAAUUAAAAAGGUUUGAAAUAGAUAAACCUUGAAAGUGUUUGAGGAAGUAUUGGAGAAUCAAUGUAUGGAGUAUCUUCCAUUAGAUCCCAGAUUAGGUCAAACAGGAAGGAGCGUAAGGUUUUUGGUUCUGUCGGCACCUUUCAGUUUGUUGGUAUUAUUUUUCACUCAGGGUUGUUUUCAGUGACAACAAUGUGUCACAUUCACUGAGUAUGCAUGUGUAUGGUUAGAAUUGUACAUUGUGUACAUUAGAUGUGGCACUAUGUAAACCAAACGUGUUAUGGUUGGUGGCAUGUUAAUUGUCUACAUAACCAUUUGAAAUACACUAAACAGAUUUUCUACCACUACUGCAUCAGACCACAUCUCCAUAUCAAAAAUUUUAGGGGAAAAUAUAGACUUUCACACUUGUAAUUAUGAGGGAAUUUAGAAAUCUUUAUUUUGAUUUACUUAUACUUCACUCGAAUUAAGUACGAAAUCUCAGUAUCCAGAAUGCUUCAGUAUUUUUGUUCUAAGAAUGAAGAGAGUAACAGAGGCUUCCGAGUUAUGCCUUGAAAAGGCAUUACCAAUCUGUUUCUGCAUGUCUUGUAGAGCUGGUCACCAUGUCAAGUGUAUAUGUGAAUUUGAAAACUGUUUUGUAUGAACAGUUGGAACUGUAUCUGAAAAAUAAAAUGGUUCCAUUAUAAAAAUA